AUGGAAACCUUAGCUCAAUUCACGUUGUUCUCAGCACUGCUCCUUUCAGCAGUAGUGUGGGUUUAUGCAAAGUCUAUAAGCAAGAAAGCCCGGCUGCCAUUGCCACCGGGGCCGCGCGGCUUCCCCGUGGUGGGAUACUUGCCUUUUCUCCGCCCCAAUUUACACCACCACUUCACAGACCUCACCCGCAAGUACGGCCCCAUCUUCAAGCUCCAACUUGGGAGCCGCCUUGUUGUGGUAAUCAACUCACCCUCCAUCGCAAAACAGGUGGUUCGCGACCACGACGCUGUUUUCGCUAACCGCGACCCGCCCAUAGCUGGGAUAGUCGGCACGUAUGGCUGCCGCGAUAUUGCCUUCGCCCCAAGCGGCACCUACUGGCGGGACCUCCGCAAGUCUAUUAGUUUGUCAUUAAUAAACACAGCUUUACUCAUAAGAGCAUCUACAUUGAUGCAUAUUGAGGGGAUAAUGUCAGGCAUCAAUGUCACAUGGAGGAGUGAGGUGAGGGAGAAAGAAUGA